AACAAAAGAAAAUCAUUUUUACAUUUCAGCAACAACUGCUUGUUCUUCAGGAAGUUACGCCUAUAGACGCUUGAAAAUGAACAAUCUGGACAGUUCAUUGCAGGCGCAUAAUAAAUUAGAGAAGGAAGCAAACAAUUUAGCCCUUCUAAAAGAUCGUGUGGAUAAAUAUCAUGAUCUCUCCAACCAAAUGUCCAGUAUCCUUACGGUCUUUGAAAAGCGAUUGGGAAACCUGGAGCAGACCAUUUUGCCCGUUUACCACGAAACGGAGCAGCUCCAGAACAGGCAAAAGAAUCUGGAGGCCACUCUGAACUGCCUGGAAAGUGUGCUAUCUCACUACGAUGUCUCGCAGGAGGUGUGCCAGUUAAUUCACCAAGGACCAGUAGAGGGAAACAUCUCCGCCUUUCUGGAUGCCCUGGCCAAAUUGCGGGAUGCAAAUGAUUACUUUCGACACAGCAAUGACCAAAGCGUUGAGUUAGAGAAUGUCACAAGUUUGUUCAAUACCGGAUGCGAGGGUCUCAACCAGCACUACAGUAUGCUACUAAAGAAGCACAGUGCUCCGUUAAAACCGGUGGAAUUGUUGGAUCUUAUCUACAUAGAGGAUGACUCCAGCGAUGAGUAUACGUCCUUUAGGCAGUUGUCGCAGACCACCCGUGAGGAGCUCUACACCAUUUCCCACUGGCUGGAGCAAAAUUUGAGGGAUUACACCCACAUCUACGCAACUGAACGCGGCGAUGUGGUCCUUCGGUCGCUGCACCUGCUUAAGGAUCACCAGAAGAGCAACAGUUGGGGUCACGAAGCACUGAGACCUCGUCACAGCGGACGCCAAGUGGAACCAAAAAAGACAACUUCUGCCCGCUUGCAGCAAAUAUUCGAAAAGAAAGCCAAUAAAUUGUAUUUACGAGCGACCCAGACCAUUGAGCAGUCCACUGGCUUUUCCAUAAAGAAGGCAUCGUCACACAGCGACCACCUGACCUCCGAGGAUCUGUUGGAUGGUGAUCAGGAGCUGGACAAGUACUUGGUCAUGCUGCUGGGCCUCCAGAGAUUGCUCAACUGGGAGCGAGCCAUCAUGAACGACAUUAUUCCACCGUCCAAACACAACGAGGUGUUUGCUAGGUUGGCUUAUGGUGGAAUCGACCUUGUGGUCAAGGAUGCAGAGGCCAUCACGCAACGCAUCCUGCGUUGCAUUUCCCGCAAGGAGUGGACCUCCGCCCUGGGAAUAUUCUCUGCCCUAAAGAGGGUGAUCCUGUUGCAGCCGGACAUUGAUCGCACAUAUGAUCCCGCGCAGCGUGAACAGCUCAAAAAAGUGCUCAAUAAAUUACAGCACACAGGAGCCAAGGCAUUGGAGCACUUCCUGGAUGUGGUUAAAGGCGAAUCAAGCACAAACAUUGUGGGGCAGAGCAAUGUGCCAAAAGAUGCCACCGUUCACGAGCUAACCUCCAACACGAUCUGGUUUAUUGAGCACUUGUACGAACACUUUGAUGUGAUUGGAUCCAUUUUGUCGCAGGAUGUCCUCUACUCCACGCAAUUGGACACCAUUCUGAUGAAGAAAUCGUUGGCUGGCGAGGAACGCAAUAAGGCUUUGCUAGCUAUUUACAUUAAGAAAGCUUUGGCAGAGCUAAAUCUUUCCAUUAUGAACAAGUGCGAACAGUAUAAUGACCAGGCCACGAAGCAUCUCUUCCGUCUCAACAACAUACAUUAUAUCCUGAAGUCGCUGCAACGCUCCAAUCUGAUCGAUUUGGUCACCCUAGCUGAACCAGAGUGCGAGCACAGCUACCUGGAAAUGAUUCGUGAACUGAAGGCCAGCUACCAGAAGACCUGGUCAAAAAUGCUGCAGGGAAUCUACUCCAUGGAUGAACUGCCCAAACCUGUGGCUGGCAAGGUCAAGGAUAAGGAUCGCAGUGUACUCAAGGAGAGAUUUUCUAAUUUUAACAAGGACUUCGAGGAGGCCUGCAAAAUUCAGCGAGGCAUUUCGAUACCCGAUGUUAUUUUGCGUGAAGGCAUCAAGCGAGAUAAUGUGGAGCACAUAUUACCCAAAUACGAUAGGUUCUUCAAUAUUUACUCUGCCGUGCAGUUCAGUAAGAAUCCAGACAAGUAUGUAAAGUACAGGCCGCACGAGAUCAAUGCUAUGCUGAGCAAACUCUUCGAUGACUCCGCCUAAAGAACUAGGUUCUGGGCCAGGAUUUAAGUGCAUUCCUUGUAAGUUCGUUGGGGGCUUUAAUUCAAACUCAAUAAAUAUCGAUUUUAAAAAAAGUA